AUGCACGAAAGCUUUCUCGUCUACGCCAACGAGCAUCUCCACCAAAGUAUCUAUGGGAGCUUCGAUCGGCACAACCCCCGGGUCUUCCACUACCAUUUGCGCAUGGUCUUCCCGUUGAACCUGGCGCACGUCUACGCGGUGGCCUUUGAGGAGGAACUGGCCACCGACUGGAACAGCACGCUGGCAAAGACCCCGGAGCUCUUGGACCGCUGCGGCCUGGACACUGUCACCUCCUCUCAGAUGUCGGCCAUGCUGGGGCUGCUGAAGCUGGACGGGCGAUGGGCCACGGGGAUAGCUCAGGUCUGCGCCGAUGCCUUCAUGUCGGAAUAA